CCCCCACCCACUUGCAACAAUGGUUGCUGACGACGUAAACAAACAUGCGCUGUCAAAAUCGCCACACACAGUACACGAAUAUGAGAUGUCAAAGUGAGACCUAGUUUUUUUUACGUUCCGUUUGUUUGCAUCGAAAAGAGAAAUCUAUUCUUCAGUGGGGGGCGAAAUAAUUUCGUUCAACGUUUGCCAAGAUUCCGCAACACACUAGCCAGCAUGGCAGGUUCCGCCUUAAGGCGUUUAAUGGCCGAAUACAGACAACUCACCUUAAACCCACCGGAAGGCAUCAUUGCUGGUCCGAUCAGUGAGGAGAACUUUUUCGAAUGGGAAGCCCUAAUUACCGGCCCGGAAGGUACCUGCUUCGAGGGUGGAAUUUUCACAGCGAAACUGGUGUUUCCACCGGACUAUCCACUCAGUCCACCAAAGAUGAAAUUUACGUGUGAAAUGUUCCAUCCAAACAUUUUUACUGACGGCCGUGUUUGCAUAUCGAUCUUACAUGCACCGGGAGAUGAUCCGCUAGGCUAUGAACUAUCAGCUGAGCGCUGGAGUCCUGUACAGAGUGUGGAAAAGAUUUUACUAAGUGUUGUUAGUAUGUUGGCCGAACCAAACGAUGAGUCCGGUGCAAACGUAGAUGCAGCGAUAAUGUGGCGCGAAAACAGGGAAGAGUUUAACAAAAUUGCCCGACGCAUCGUACGCAAAACGUUGGGCCUUGCAUCCUAAGCUUCCCUAAACCCGUUGCGGUACAAUACCGUCAACAUGCGCUUCCGGUAUCACGCCGGAUCACGUGCAGUAUAUGAUGGACCGGAAACGAAAUUACAAUCGUGUGUAGUUGAUCUUUCUUUAUGUUUGUUGUUUAUGGUAGUAGAGUACUGGCUAUGGUUGGAUUAAAACAAAACAAAA